AUGGCGGAAGCGCUCGGCGUCGCAUCCGGCGUUAUCGCUGUUGUCGAUAUGUCGGCUAAAGUGGUUAAUUGGUGCGUACGAUACGCUCAGGAUGUAUCGCAUGCCAAAGAGGACAAGACGAGGCUGGUAGAGGAGGUCACGCGUCUGAACCUAGCGUCAGUAAACGCUCGCAACUUGCUAGAUGGGCCAGGUGGCUCGAAGCUCAAAGCAUCUCACGCCCUCCUUCUGGCAACAGACAAAAGUCGACCUCAGCUUCAACGUAUUGAGAGCCAGCUUGCCGCGGGAACUGGGCAGGAAGAUGGCAAAGAGGAGAUCAUCAAAGACUUUAAGAUGAUAGUUGGCAGUAUAGUCAUGCUUGCCAAUCCUCUUUCAGUUUCGGCCUUGUCGCAGCUGCUCGAGGUCGAUCCCGAAGUGGUAGACAACAGACUUGACACACUCCAUUCGGUUCUCAGCGUGCCACCAAGACGCAAAGAGCCUGUGCGGUUGCUGCAUUUGUCAUUUCUAGACUAUCCCAUCACAAAAGAAAGCGAGUUCCGGGUAGACAAAAGACAUGCCCACCAAACCUUGGCGAAACACUGCUUGCGCGUCAUGUGGGGUGGUUUGCGUGAGAACAUAUGCGGCCUAUCUUUCCCGGGAAUGCGCAGAUCUACGGUAGACAGCUCAGAGCUUGAGGAACACAUUCCUGCACAAGGUCAAUAUGCUUGCAUGUACUGGGUUUAUCAUCAGAUGGAGGGUGAUCCCGGAUUGAACGACAGCGAGAAAGUUUAUGAUUUCUUAACGACACAUUUUCUGCAUUGGCUGGAAGCGAUGAGUUUACUGGGCCGAGUCAAGGAACGUCUCGACUCACUUAGGCCACUGGCAAGAUGGCUAGAGAACCGCGAAGACUCAAGCCUAUUGUCUUUUGUAGCUGACGCAGUGCGAUUUGUUCAGCUCAAUUUCUCCGUCAUUGCCGAAGCACCGCUACAGGUUUAUUGUUGUCUAGCUUUCGCACCAAGCAAGAGUAUCGCGAGAAAGAUAUUUGAGAACGCUAUUCCAAAGUGGAUAAGUAAUCUGCCGAAGGUUGAGGAAAACUGGGACUCAUGCUUGUUGACUCUAGAGGGCCACAGCGACUGGGUCGACUCGGUGGUGUUCUCGUACGACUCGAAAAAGGUGGCGUCGGGCUCUUCUGACAUAACGAUCGCAUCGGGCUCUGAGACGGUACGGAUCUGGGAUACAGAGACGGGCGAGUGCAAGCAAGUGCUGCAGGGCCAUAGUGACGAAGUCAACUCGGUGGUGUUCUCGCAUGACUCGAAAAAGAUCGCAGCGGCCUCGAAAAACAUGACAGUGCGAAUCUGGGACGCAAAGACGGGAAAGUGUGAGCAUAGGAUGGAGGGCCACCGUGGCUUGGCCAACUCGGUGGGGUUCUCGCCUAACUCGAUAAUGGUGGCAUCGGCUUCUGACGAAGAGACAGUGCGAAUCUGGGACGCAAAGAUGGGCGCGUGUGAGCGAGUACUAGAGGGCCAUGACGACUAUAGUCACUCCUUGGUGGUCUCCCACGACUCAAAAAAGGUGGCAUCGGGCUCCUCUGACGAGACGGUACGGAUCUGGGACGCAGAGACGGGCGAGUGCAAGCAAGUGCUGCAGGGCCAGGAUGACGAGGUUGACUCGGUGGUGUUCUCGCACGACUCGAAAAAAGUUGUAUCGAGCUCUAGUGACAAGAAGAUACGGAUCUGGGAUGUCGAGACAGGUCGCUGUAAAAACGGCUUUUCAUUGGAUCGAUAUGCAGGCGUUCUUUCUUUUACGCCCGACGAACGUGGUAUUGUUACCAAUCGUGGCACGUUUGCUUUGCCAGAUGGCUCGCAGGCUUCUGCUGAGUUUGCCACGGCAUGGCGAUGCUCGAAGGCUGCGAUACUGACCUGUAUCGACGAUACUUGGGUCGUGGUGGUAGGGAAAGACCAGUGUGGGAAAUAG